AUGCCACCGACAAAACCGUAUCCAACGCGUCAGCUGGGUAGGAAUGGGCCCACAGUUAGCGCCAUAGGGUAUGGUACGAUGGGCAUUGGGGUGUGGUACGGCACCCCACGCACUGACGCCGAAGCACAAGAGCUCCUCACUACCGCACUCGACCGCGGUCAAAACCUAUGGGACACCUCCGACUGCUACGGGACAGCCGAGAAGGCCAUCGGGAAGUGGUUCGCGGCCAACCCGACUCGCCGCUCCGAGGUCUUCCUCUGCUCCAAGUUCGGCGCGUGCAACUUCACCAAGACGCUGGUCGACGACUUCGUGCCUGACUCGGACCCGCGCUAUGUGAGGGUGGCGCUAUACCGGAGCUUGUAUAUGCUCCAGACGGAUUACAUCGACUUGUAUUACCAGCAUCGAGUUGACCCGAAAGUCCCUGUUGAGGUGGUGAUGGAAGCACUGCGAGACCCACUGGAGAGGGGCCUGAUACGUUGGAUUGGCCUCUCCGAGUGCAGUGCCGCAGAUCUGAGGAGGGCGAAGGCAGUCCCAGGCGUCGGAGAUAGGAUCAUCGCGACCCAAGUGGAGUUCAGCCCGUUCUCGCUGGACAUUCGCGACAAUGGAAUCGCGGAAACGGCGAAGGAGUUAGACCUAGCGGUCGUCGCUUAUGCACCUCUUGGGCGAGGUCUUUUCAGCGGACAGUUCCGCUCUCGAGUAGACUUCCAAGAAGGCGACUGUCGUCUCAUCCUUCCCCGCUGGACGGAGGAGAACUUCCCAAAGAACCUCGUUCUUGUCGACCAAAUGAAAGAAAUCGCCGACAGGCUCAAUAUCAAAGUCGGGCAGCUGACCCUCGCCUGGAUCCUCGCUCAAGACCCUGAUUGGAUACCCAUCCCCGGAGGCCUCUCCGUCGAACAUGUCCUCGAGAACGCAGACGCGGCUGAGAUCAAGCUUGCCCCGGAGGACAUCCAACUUGUCAACAAACUCGUCGAGCAAGCAACCGGUACCGUCAGUGGGACGAGAUACCCCGAAGAGCUCUUGUACACCCUCUACGCCGACAGCCCACCCCUCAGUAGCUGGAAGGGCUCUAAGGAGUAG